CGCAGCAGCAGCUCGGUGACGGAGCCGCGGCAGAAAAGCGGCAGGAGCUGCGAGCAUCGUCUCAGACCGACGCAGACUCAAAGCUCCGUGUCCGUGGAGACAUGGACACACUGGGGAGGACAACACCGGCCGCCCUGGACUUCACCGUGGAAAACGUAGAGAAGGCUCUUCAUCAGCUCUACUAUGAUCCCAACAUAGAGAACAAGAACCUGGCCCAGAAGUGGCUGAUGCAGGCUCAGGUCUCACCUCAGGCCUGGCAGUUCUGCUGGGCCCUGCUGAGCCCGGAAAAGGUUCCAGAGAUCCAGUACUUUGGAGCGAGCGCUCUGCACACAAAGAUCUCCCGGUACUGGUCCGACAUCCCCUCGGAUCAGUACGAGUCCCUGAAGACUCAGCUCUUCUCUCAGAUCGCAUGCUUCUCCACCGGCUCGAAGAUGGUUCUGACCCGUCUCUGCGUGGCGCUCGCCUCCCUGGCCCUCAACACAAUGCCUGACGCGUGGCCCGGUGCCGUGGCAGAGAUGGUGCGAGUGUUCCAGGAGGAGGGGGGAGGGGUGGACGGGCGGGCUCGCUGCCUCGCCUUGCUGGAGCUGCUCACCGUCCUGCCAGAGGAGUUCCAGACCAGCAGACUGCCCCAGUACAAGAAGGGACAGGUUCGGGGGGCUCUGGGCAGAGAGUGGGGGGCAGUGUGUCCGCUGCUGCAGCAGCUGCUGAGGCGGACGGACAGCCCUGGGGCCGUGAAGGCUCGCGUGCUGCGCUGCCUGUCGUCAUGGGUGCUGCUGGACGUCCCCCUGAACGAGAGCGAGGACCUCGUACAGGACUGCUUCAGCGCACUGCCCGACCCCGAGCUUUUCGACCCAGCUGUGGACGCCAUCGUGAACGCCGUGUCGCAGCCCGACUCCCAGAGGUAUGUGAACACCUUGCUGAAGCUAGUUCCUCAGGUCCUGGCCCUGCAAGAUCAGCUCAGAGAGGCGGUCCAGAGCGGAGACAUGGAGACCUGCCAUGGAAUCUGUCGCAUCGCUGUCACACUGGGAGAGAACCACUCCAGGACUCUGCUGGAGCAGGUGGAUCACUGGCAGAGCUUCCUGGCUUUAGUCAAUAUGAUCAUGUUCUGUACGGGGAUCCCGGGUCACUACCCGGUCAACGAGACCACCAGCUCGCUAACACUCACCUUCUGGUACACGCUGCAGGAUGAGAUCAUGUCCUUUGAGUCAGAGAAACAGGUGAUCUACCUGCAGGUGUACAGACCCGUGUAUUUCCAGCUGGUGGACGUUCUGCUGCAUAAAGCUCAGUUCCCCUCAGACCACGAGUACGAGUCCUGGUCCUCCGACGAGAAGGAGCAGUUCAGGAUCUACAGGGUGGACAUCUCGGACACUCUCAUGUACGUGUAUGAGAUGUUGGGGGCGGAGCUUCUGAGUAACCUAUACGAUAAGCUGGGCAGACUGCUGACCAAUGAGCAGCCGACAUCGUGGCAGCACACGGAAGCUUUACUCUACGGCUUCCAGUCCAUCGCAGAAACCAUCGACGUGAAUUACUCUGACGUCAUCCCCGGCCUGAUCGGACUCAUCCCCAGAAUCACCAUCAACAACGUGCAGCUGGCCGACACUGUCAUGUUCACCAUCGGUGCUCUGGCGGAGUGGUUGGCUGAUCACCCGGUGAUGCUCAGCAGCGUGUUGCCUCUGGUGCUGCAGGCUUUAGGAAACCCGGAUCUUUCAGUUUCUUCUGUUUCUACGCUGAAGAAGAUUUGUCGGGAGUGUAAAUACGACCUUCCUCCGUACGCCUCCAACAUCGUGGCCGUCUCACAGGAGGUUCUCAUCAAACAGAUCCACAAGACCAGUCAGUGUAUGUGGUUGAUGCAGGCGCUCGGCUUCCUGCUGUCUGCUCUGCCUGUGGAAGAAAUCUUAAGAAACCUGCACUCCCUCAUCACGCCGUACAUCCAGCAGCUGGAGAAACUGGCUGAUGAGACGCCAAAUCCGUCCAAUAAGCUGGCGAUCAUCCACAUACUGGGGCUGCUGUCCAACCUCUUCACCACGCUCGACAUCAGCAAGCAGGACGACGAAUCAGCCGACGGAUCCGCCCCGCCCGUCAAAACAACACCGCCUCCACCUGGACCCAACCCAGUGGUGGUGGUUUUAAAGCAGGUGUUCGCGCUCAUACAGAGCGUGCUCAGUAAGUGGCUCAACGACUCGCAGGUUGUAGAGGCGGUGUGUGCGAUCUUCGAGAAGUCGGUAAAGACCCUUCUUCACGACUUCGCUCCGAUGGUCUCUCAGCUCAGCGACAUGUUGGGUCAGAUGUACAGCACCAUCCCUCAGAGCUCCGCCCUCGACCUCACACGACAGAUGGUCCACAUCUUUGCGAGUGAGACCGACCACUUCCCCCCCAUCAAGGCUCUGUUUGAGCUGGUUACCUCGGUAACACUGUCCAUCUUCCAGCAAGGACCCAGGGAUCAUCCUGAUAUUGUUGAUUCAUUUAUGCAACUCCAAGCUCAGGCCCUCAAACGCAAACCAGAUCUGUUUUUAUCUGAGAGUCUGGACGUCAAAGCAGUUUUUCACUGUGGAGUUCUGUCACUCAAGUUUCCUGAAGCUCCGACUGUCAAGUCGACGUGCCUGUUCUUUACUGAGCUGUUGCCUCACUGCUCAGACAUUCCUCCGCUGGCUCGAGUCGUGCAGGAGGACGGGAAGCUCCUGAUCACCGCCGUGUUGGAGGUGUUAAUUGUCCCCUCCCUCUGCAGGGCAUUGGGGGGCGGGGCCUCCCGGAGUCUGAUGGAUCAGUUCGCGGAGGUGCUCUUCAGUCUGAACAAACACUGUUUCUCGCUGCUCGUGGUGUGGCUGAAGGAGGCGCUGCAGCCCGCAGGUUUCCCGUCAUCGCGCGUCACGACGCAACAGAAGGAGAACUUCUCUCAACAGAUCCUCAGAGAGCGCGUCAACAAGAGGAGGGUGAAGGACAUCGUGAAGGAGUUCACGCUGCUGUGCAGAGGACUCCACGGGACAGAGUACGCUGCCGAGUACUGA